UGAUUUCAGAUGCAUUCGGCAUACUACCCUCAACAAGAUGAAUUACUCUAGAUCGAUCAUGACAAGACCACGAGCUGCAUGUUCUGCCUUCUGGCGCGUAUUGCGCUAGCUGGGGCCUGGCCUGGGCUUGGGCCAGGGCUCCGCCCGGGGAAUCCCCACCUGUAAUGCCGAGCGAGCGCGAGCGAAAGCGCAGUCAGACGUUCAGCUCGCGGCGCGGGUUCCACCGUAUUUUAACUCUAUGGGUUCCACGUAUUCUCCCCAAUCCGAAUGAAUUUUAUGCGAUGGCUUCGAGAACUUUGAUUUGUGCUGUCAGGACAUUGCAUUCUAAACUAACACUGCAUCGAUCAUACAAGAGGUGCCUUGUGGGAAAUCUGUCAUCCACAAGCCAUUAUUCAACAAAAUCAAAUUUCACCCAGACAAAACCAAAAGACUCCGAGGUCACUAUUCAAGACAGAACAUUCACCCGAGAUGCCUUCACGACCAUCACGCCAAAGAUCAUCUCCCGGGUCGGUACCAACCUGCACAAUAAACCCCACCAUCCACUCUGCAUCAUCAAGGAGAAAAUCCGCGACCACUUUUACAGUAGCUUCCUCAAUCGUCGUGGCAACCCACUAUUCUCCAUCUAUGACAACCUAAGCCCCAUUGUAACCUUACAGCAGAACUUUGACAGCGUGCUGGUCCCAAAGGAUCACAUAUCGAGGAAGAAAGGGGACAAUUACUACAUCAAUGAGGAGUUUAUGUUGAGGGCGCAUACAUCGGCUCAUCAGCAUGAGCUGGUCAAUGCAGGGCUGGAUGCAUUCCUGGUGGUUGGCGAUGUCUAUCGUAGGGAUGAGAUCGAUACCAGUCAUUAUCCUGUCUUUCAUCAAAUGGAGGGAGUGAAGCUCUUUACGCAGCAUGAGCUGUUUGCAAAUUGCAAUGAUGCAACAAAUCUGACUUUGUUUGAGACCCGGCCUACGACUAGAACCCCUGACAGGCAAGAGUGCCACACCUUGGAGGCUGCCAAGCUGGUGGAGUUUGAACUUAAGAAUGUAAUCACCUCCAUGGCUGAGAUGCUCUUUGGGAAGGACAUUGAAUGUCGAUGGAUUGAGACAGAUUUCCCUUUCACUCACCCUUCCUGGGAGUUGGAGAUCUUCUUUCAAGGAGAUUGGUUGGAGGUGCUAGGAUGUGGUAUCAUGGAACAAAAGCUAUUACAGUCAGCUGGUGCUGGAACUUCUAUAGGCUAUGCCUUCGGUCUUGGACUAGAACGCCUUGCAAUGAUCCUGUUUGACAUUCCAGACAUCAGACUAUUCUGGAGCACAGACAAUCGGUUUCUGGACCAAUUCAGGGACCAAGACAUAAAUCAGGUCAAAUUCAAGCCAUUCAGCAAAUAUCCACCUGUCAUCCAAGAUAUGUCGUUCUGGUGUCCUGAAUGUGACUACGAAUCAAAUGACUUCUAUGAUCUAGUACGAAAUGUAGGGGGAGAGCUGGUAGAACAGGUUGCUAUGAUUGACGAGUUCACGCACCCAAAGACUCUGAGAACCAGCCAUUGUUACAGGAUAACGUAUAGGAGUAUGGAAAGAACACUUGUUCGAGAGGAGGUUAAUCAAAUUCAUGACUUGAUCAAAGAAACUGCAGAAAAACAGCUGAGAGUGGAGCCAAGAUGAUUUUACUUCUGGAAUGAUUAGAAUUUAUUUUCCAGUAAUAAUGGUAAAACUUCAGGAUUAUAUUGAAAAGAAAAAUCUGAAUUGAGAAUGAAUUUACUUGGAUGAAAAUAUGGGGAGUACCUUACUGCAAGUUUGAGUAAAUUUUGAUAAGCACCAUACUGUCCCAGUGUAGUUUGGUAAAUAUCUGGCCAAUGAUAAUGUGAAAGAAAUCAUCAAUUUCCCUAUUCUAAUGCCUGCAAGGUUGGCAAAUAUAUGAGUUUUUAAAGUUGUCAGUUUUCAACAGGAAUAUGUAAGUUUGUGAAAUAUCUUUUGAGCUCUCAACUUUAAUACCUUUUGUUAUUGAUGAAAUAAUGCAUGCAGUUCAAACGAGAUCUAUAGGACAUUUCCAAAUUAUUGAUAUACUGUAGGUGUAAGAUUUAACAUUAUCUUAAGAAAAAAAAGAACAAUGAAUUGUGUGAGUACCAAAAAUUAUCAAAGUUUGACCUUUUUGAAUAAUCGAGCAGAGUUUCGAUUUCGUGCUUAUAAUCAACAGAAUACAAUUCAUUGAAAAAUUAACUGCUAUGUUGUGGCUUAUGCCAUUGAUGACAAGCAUGGCGAUUUUCAACCCCAUUUUAUGUUUGACAUUUGAGUGGCUUUAUGAUCUACCAAAAGAACCUGGCCUAGUUAGUGUGUUAACUAAAGAAAAAAAAAGAAAGGAGAUAAAGGCCCAGUCACAUUGUUCCGUGCAAGCCUUGUGAGCGACGACUGUUGCUACGCAAAGGUCGGCAGCAUUGACAGUAUCUCGCACGCAAGUCUGAUUUGCAAACAGAAAAGUUUUGAACACUCUCA